AUGAACGAGUCGGUGGACUCCAGUAACGGCUCCAGUGACGCUGCUACCCCCGAUGAGGAGGCGCCGCUGCUCGUGGACGCCUGGCUGGUGCCGCUGGUGUUUGGGGUCAUCAUGGUGGUGGGACUCACUGGAAACUCUCUGGUUCUCCACGUCAUUUCAAAGCACAAGAAAAUGUGGACAGCAACCAACUUUUACAUAGCGAAUCUGGCGAUGACUGACAUCACGUUCCUGGUUUGCUGUGUGCCGUUCACUGCUGUGCUGUAUCCUCUGCCCAGCUGGGUCUUUGGAAAUUUCAUGUGUAAAUUUGUGAGCUACAUCCAGCAGGUGUCUGCACAGGCUACCUGCGUGACACUGACCGUGAUGAGUGUGGACCGCUGGUACGUUACCGUGUACCCACUGCGCUCUCUGCAGUGUCGCACCCCAAGAGUUGCCACCAUGGUCAGCCUGGGAAUCUGGAUAGGAUCUUUACUGGUGUCUGUGCCAGUGCCUCUAUAUACCAGGACUUUAUCUGGCGAAUGGUAUGGCCCUCGGGUAUUCUGCACCGAGACCUUUCCCACAACAACACACAAGAAGGUUUUUAUCCUCUACAAUUUCCUGGGUGUGUAUAUGCUCCCACUGGUGACGAUCUGUGUGUGUUAUCUGGUCAUACUGCACCAAAUGGGCCGGCCAACUGUGGAACCUGUCGACAAUAACUAUCAGCUGCAGGUCCAGACUGAGCGCAGUGCUGCUGUGAGGGCUAAAGUGUCUCGUAUGGUUCUGGUGAUCGUACAGCUGUUUAUUCUGUGCUGGGGUCCCAUUCAGCUUUUCAUCAUGGUGCAGGCCUUUAGUCCGCACUUCCGCCAAGACUACUACGCUUACAAAGUGAAGAUAUGGGCCCACUGCAUGUCAUACAGCAACUCCUGCAUUAAUCCUAUUGUCUACGCCUUCAUGGGUGCCAACUUCCGCAAGGCCUUCAAGAGAACUUUUCAUUGCCUCUUCAAGCAGCGGGUGUCUGUCGCCCAGCAGCCGAACGCAAAUGCCAACACAGAGAUGCACUAUGUGUCAUAGGAUCUGUUUCAGAGAUUCAAAGUAUCUUUUGGUCAUAUAAAUAUUCCCUGUACUCAAUACUGAGGCUGUAAUGUUAAAACGUAGUCUAGACUGUAUUCAUAUUAUAAUGAAUGUUGUGAGUGUUUGAAUGUUUGUAAAUUUGUAAGAUAAUUUGAUUUGAUGAAUACUAUAUGUUCAAAAGUUUGUAUACAUUUUUUUUUUAUUUCUUUGA